AUGCCGAAGAGACAAUGCCGAAGAGACAAUCAAAAGCAGUGCAUACCAAUCCCCAUUGUUUGGGCCAAGACGAGAUGCCAUCAUUGCAUUAUGCACGACUAUUCCUGUUCCCAGAAUUCUGUCGAUCGCGAUGGAUCCAUUCACUUUCAGCAAGUCUCUUUGACGGAUGAAAAAGAAGCUACGGCGCCCCAACCAUCGGCUAAGUGGAAGUUCAGCAUGUUUCCAGGCCGUCUCUCCAGCGACUGGCUGCCCAAGUAUCAGACAGUAGAGCCUCGUUCGACACAGUUUGGACUCGCAGUAGAAUGUUCUUCAAACUUGCAUCGUAGAGAACAGCCACAGAUGGCCACACCUUGGCUUGAACCCUCAAGGGAUCUCGAAACAACGACCUGGGUGCUCUCUGAAUCUCCAGAGACGUACGAGUCGGUCUUGAUCGGUGGAACACCAGACGGGAAAAACCUGUCAAAGAUUCCAAACAUUGACAAAGUAGCCGGAUCCAAGGGUCUCUCCGGUUUUGGACCACUGGAAAAGUCUCCAAAAACUGUCCUUUUUAGGUCCUUGAUUGAGCAAGGGUGGUGCUCACAAUAUCCGACUUCUCAACCUAACUGGUAUAGCCAUCUAGGAGUUGAUGAUACCAUAGAGUCCUUUCCCCAACUGUCCGAUUGCCUUGACGCGCUUUCUAAAACUAUGGGUGUUGUUUCGUACAGAUUAUUGCGGCAACGUCUCGAGGCUGUACGUAUAACCCGAACGAUGGAAGCUUCCACGGAAGCGCGAGCCAACAUCAUAGGGCGAAUGCUCAACGAACAACCAGAGCACAAGCGCAACGAGCUAGAGCAACAUAUAAGGAUCGGAAGAAGAUGGCUUGAUCUCGUCAAUGAAUUUGGAAGCCAAGAAAUACUGCUGCUUGGAUGGUGUUCCAUUCAAGCGCGGAGGUCAGUUCUGACUCCAGAUGAAUUCGAAGAUCUAGGCUGGAUCGACUUGGACCACAUCGACAUCUCGUUAAUAGUGGAAGAAGGGAAUGACGAAGCUUUCGAGAUUUUCAAGAGAAUUCUGCUGCAUCCCUGGUUCCAGGUCAGGGAUACUUGCAGCCGGCUUGAUGGUCUCUGUGACUUGAUUCAUCAGUUCAUGCAGCGCACUAGUCAGUCAGAACGCAGCCUGUCCGAGAUACAAGAGGAAUCUCUCAAGACAAUCUGUGGGAACAGACUUUCCACCACAAUAGGAUUCGACAAGGAUGGUCUAUCCAUUGCUGCGGACAUUGUUCACCGUAUACGCAGCACGUUUUCGGCGACCAGGUGUUGGUGCGAUGUGUGUCCAUCAUCGGUGGGAAGUUAG